GGACACCCGGAACCAGCCGAAAACCGGCCGGUAUUGUUUCCGAAACCCCGGCAGGCGCAACCUCGCGCUCGCACGGACACCUCGCCGCCGGGUAGGCUCCGUGCCCCCUGCGUCCACGGGUUCCCAACUCCCUCGCCGGCAAGCUCAGUCGCGCCGCCUUCCCUCUCCAACUGUCGUCAUGUUACGUUCGUGCGCCUCGCGGCCCAGCCCGAGCCCGACCACGGCGUGGGAUGCCACCUCGCUCGCCGGCGCCCUGAAGGCCGCGGCGGCCCGUCGCUCCGUGCCCCACGUCGGGCCCCUCCACGCGGUGCUUCUCAAGCUCGGCCUCUCGGCCUCCGCCAUCCUCGCCACCUCCCUCGCGCACCUUGCGCUCCGGUGCGGGCUCCCUGGAUAUGCGCGGGACCUGUUCGACGAAAUGCCUCGCCCUGACGUGGUCUCCUGGACGUCCCUCAUAACCGGCCACGCGCACCAGGGGCUGUACCACGACUCCAUCGCGCUUCUUCGGUGCAUGGUCAACUCCGGUGUCACGCCCAAUGGGUACUCCCUGUCCGGUGGAUUGCUCGCAUGUGCCGGCGUUGGCCAGGGUACACUUGCUCUCGGGAAGGAAAUCCAUGCCAGGGUUGUCAAGAUGAGGAUGCAAGGCCCGGUGGACGUAGUUGUGGAGAACGGGGUUCUUGAUAUGUACGCGAGGUGUGGGAGCAUCGAGUAUGCAAGGAGAGUGUUUAGCGUGAUGUUGGUGAAGAACAUAGUUUCGUGGAACUCGAUGAUGGCUGCCCUUCUUGCUAGUGGACAGGCUGAGGAGGCUCUGGGGUUGUUCGUGUCAAAGAUGGUUUCUUGCGGUGUUGGCAUGGAUGGCUUCUCAUUUUCGAUAAUUGUGGACACGUGCGGGGAACUGGCGUUGUUGAAGCAGGGGAUGCAGGUGCAUGCUCGGGUUGUUGAUAGUGGAUUUGAGGCAGAUAUCAUUGUGAGGAACUCCUUGGUGGAUAUGUAUGCAAAGUGCGGCUGUGUCGAUUCAGCAGAGCUUGUCUUCAAGGCGGUACCGUCGCAUGAUGCUGUUCUUUGGACUACAAUGAUAUCAGCUUAUGGUAAGUUUGGCCGUGUAGAGGAUGCAAUCAGUAUGUUUGAAAGGAUGGCACAGUUGGGCAUAAAACGAGAUGGAGUAGCAUAUCUUGCGGUGCUGUCAGCUUGUAGCCAUGGUGGACUUAUCAGAGAAGGUUUAAACUAUUUCAAGUCGAUGUCUGAUGAUCAAAGCUCAGCUAGGUUGCAACCUGAGCACUAUGGGUGCAUGGCGGAUCUGCUAUGCAGGAGAGGUUACCUAGAAGAAGCUCUUGAAUUCAUUGAGGAUAUGCCAUUUGAGUCGAGUGUUGCUUCUUGGAGUGCAUUACUUAACUCACGUCGAAUAUAUGGGAAUGCAAAGUUGAGUCAACUUGCUGCAUCCCAUUUGCUCAAGCUUGAUCCAGAGAACCACAGCAAUUGGGUUGCUCUAUCAAGUGUACAUGCAUUGGGGAGCGAUUGGCAUGAAACAUGGAUGAUCCGGGAGAGCAUGAGCAGAGAAUGUGUGAAGAAAGAGCCUGGAUGUAGUUGGGUUGAGUUGUAUGAUGGAGUUCAUAUCUUUCUAAUGGCCGACCGGUCUCAUCCUGAAUUGGUUGAUAUAUUGCAGACUAUUGAUUCUUUGAAGGAGGACAUAUCGGCGAUGCCUUUGCAAGGAACAUAGGCAAGAUAAUUUUUUAAACCAGAGCUUUGUCAGAGGUGGUUUGGAUCUCACUGCACAAUGCGAAGUUGUAGGUGAUAAUCAAAACAAUCAGCUUGGUAGUCAUGUCGUUGCUCCCAAUGCUGAAUACAAUGAACAGUUGUUUGUACCUGCUGUUGAUUAUAGAAAUGUACGAUGAACAAUUGUUUGGACCCGCCAUUCAUUAUGGAAAUGGGAGACUGAGAUUAUUGGAUUUUUUGUGCCUUCGCAGUUUGGAAAGCAUCUCUAUUCCACAUGUAGCAUAUGUAAAGGUGUUGAUGCAGGCCUACACCCAAGCAUACCAGUCUCACUGAGCAAGUCCAAGACGUACUUCUAUUGUAAGAGGACCCCCUUCGGCGAUCUGGCAAUCUUAAUACCAAGGAAAUACUUGAGUUGGCCGAGGUUUUGACCUCAAACUCCUUGCUCAAAUUUUCCUUCAGACGAGUAAUCUCCAUUUCAUCAUCACCAGUGAUAAUGGUAUCAUCAAUAUAUACAGCUAACACUGCGAUUCUACAUCCUAAAUGUUCGUAGAACACAGUAUGAUCACCAUUACACUGUUUUAUUCUUUUCAAGAGCUCAUGUUUUAUUCUUUUCAAGAGCUCUCAACUCCUCCAUCAUGGCCUCCCGCCACUUAGGAUCUGCUUCUCUUUCUUCUAGUCUCUUGGUAUUGCUAGAGACUGCAAUGAAGCAACAAAGGCUCUAUAGGUAGUGGAUAGAUUCUCAAAUGAGACAUAGUUAGAUUUGUCAUUCUCACUUCCACUGUUUCUUCGACUAUCACAUGCAAGUUGGGAUCCAUUUGCUGGGUAAAAUUCCAUGUAUUGUAAACCCAAAAAUAUCUGCUACUAUAAAUUUUCCAUCUUUUCAUGUUUAAAAUUUUGUUGGGCUAAAUUAAUCAUCUGUUUGAUGUAAUGUAAAAUUUUGCUUUAAUAACCAGCUGCUUCAGUCGAUGUUGUCCAAUUGCAAUUGCUCAAACUUUAGUUAGUACUUGUCACCCCUCUGAAUGUACAUUGUGACUUCAGUAAUCAAUGAGGACUUUUUGGUUGCUCUUCUUCUCGGUGGCUAGCUUUCUUAUGACUAGUAUUUAGUAGUAUUUCCAGUUCGAGGAACAGUUGCAGCAAUGCCAUUAACUAGGACCAGCUUGAAACAGCCUAUGUUGGAGUAGCAAUC